AUGUCGAUUUCCGUCUACCUGGGACACAACGGCCAGCGCCUCACCCUCGAUCCCAGCCUGACCACCAACCUCGAAGCUCUCCGCGCCUGGAUCGCGACACACGCCAACGUCCUCCCGCGCAACCAGAUCCUCCUCACCGCCCACGGUAAACAGGUCCGUCCUCAGACUCUGCUCACCGAGAAGGAGCUCUUCGUCUUCGAUUCCGUCAGGUUGAACGGCAACAAGGCAUCCAGCCCUUCCAGAGAGGCCACCGAGAGCGCCUCGGCCGCGGACCAUGACUUCCACCCGGGCACCGCGCCAGAUACCAUCGCCAACCAGAACGAAAUCCAGUCGUGGCAGAAUCUCUUCAGGCUGAGGAAGAGCUGGGCCGCGGGGCUGUUGAACGGUUGCAGCUCCCGCGCCAAGCAGGCGGAGCAGUAUCAGCGCGAGCGGGCAACGAUCGAGCGGAGCCUGGGCGUCGCGGUCGCCGGGCUGCAGCAGCACAUCAAGACGGCGGAGAAGCAGUUUGCAUCCACGGAGACAUGGGCGAGCGAAGUGCUGGCGGAUCAGCAGGCGCAUGCCGACAACUGGGAGCGAAACCUGGUUAGCCUACGGGAUAUACCUGCGAGAGCCGAGUUCACACGCUUCAUACAGCCCAUGGUCUCAUCGACGGGAUCGCGGCGACUCUCUCAGCAGCAUAUAUCAACCCUGCAGGGCUUCGUCGAUGUCGUGACCGUGAAGCAGGCCGCUGGAUCGGCGAGGUCAUUGAUCGGUGAACUGGGCGGCAAAGUGGACAAGCUUCGCGCUGAUCUAGACAAUGUUACGAGCGACAGUAACGACCUCCUGCAGGCCGUAGAGCAAAUCAACAAUCCUACUCCCAACGAAAGCGACUCCGAACCUUCUCAGCUCAUCGAGGAAAUCAACAUGGUCGUUGCAAAGAUGGCUUCGGACUUCGAGCAUGUCCAGACCUUGAAGCAGAGCGCUCAGAACGUCUCAGCCGUGUCAAAAAUGGCACUUCUGCACACGCGUAGCUAUGUCCCGAAUUUAGGCGAUUACUGUGAGGAGAUGAAUGCACUAGUCCGGACUACCAAGGAGAAGCGCGAGGGUGCGGCAGAGAUGGCCUUGGAGCACAUGCGCACUCUUUCUGCCAUCGAAUCGCAACUCGCAAAGCUCUACCAGGAUAUCAAAGAGUUGGACCUGCCAGAAGACCAGCAGCAGGCAUUUGUCACCCUCAGCAUAGUAUCUCGACUGCCUUCCGUGUAUGCUCAACUGCUCGUGGAAUCUGUUCGACGCCGGGAGUGGGUGGCGAAGAUGAAGCGGGAUUGUUCGACACUACAAGAAGAAGUCGCUGCAUACCAGGAAGAAGAAGACAAGAGGCGAAAGAAGUGGAUGCGCUCCGUCGACGAUGUCGUUCUUCCCGAAUCUCUUCAGAGUCGUGUCCUGGGUAUUGAGCUGAGCCUGCAGAACGAAGGUGGGAGCUGGCCGAUGACUACCAGAGAGGAGCUGACAGACUACAUGAAUGUUUUGACGAGCGUAUACGGCCAGGGUCCAGUGACCGAUGAAGUGGACCAAGCGAUCAAGGAUUUGGAUAAACCGACCCGCCGACAGAUCAAGCAUGCCAGAGCGUUUAAGAACGGGAGCCUGCACGAAGCUGCCUUCGGCGACACCUCACUCUUGCUCCGUGGAGAUGAACAGUACAAGAGCUUGCGCGAGAGCAAUAUUCGUCUGGCAGAGGAGCUCAGAGGCCAGAAGAGUCGCGUCCGGAAGCUGGAAGACCUACUUCAUCGGCAGACCCAGAUCACCCGAGCCAGCACUGGCGACGUCUUCACGCCCACCAGCGAUGGCACAUUCUCGAAUCGAGUUGGAACCCCCGUGGCCCAGUACGAGGAUACAUCUCGCCAUAACUCCAUGAGUAAGCGGAGAUCGUCUGUUAUUCAGGGCCAAGGGCUCGAGGAGAGGCGACUUGCUCAGAGGAUUGUGGACUUGGAAGCCGAGCUGCAGUCGUACAAGGAUGACCUGACAUCGCGCAAGAACUCGGAUGCCGAGUUCCAAAAACAAGUGGAAGAAGCGACUUUGACCAAGAAAGAUCUCAUGGAGAAUAUGGAAGCUCAAGGCAGAGAGUUUGCAAACGAGCGGCGUCAGCUAGAGCAGGAGCUCGCGGAGGCCAGGGAGAAACUUGAAGAGGCCGAGAAUGAAAUGGAGCGAAUGGCAGGUUCUCACGACGGUGCAGACGAGGAGAUCGCCAGGCUGAAGGAAGAUGCGGCUGGGCACGCUGCCAGAGCUGCCACGGAACACGAUGCUCGGAGCGCCCUGGAACGGAGGUUGGAGAUUGCCGGAGCUGCUCAAGCUGAGGCCGAACGUGAACUUCGCGAGAUACGCAACGAACGAGAGGUCGCCCGUGAAGUAGAGAACGAACAGUUGCAGACCUUGACCGCGGCUCAUGGUCACCUUUUACCUAAUGCGGAGCCGCCGGCCGGGCUCAUCGGGCUGGCAACUGCACUCGAGGAGCUCGCACGCAAGUCUGCCGCUCAUGUCAAGGAUUUGCAAGAAGGCAUUGACUUCGCAAAGAGCGAGAACGGAUCAUUAUGGACAAGCAAUGAGCGACAGAAGACAGAGCUGGCGACUGCAUUGCAGCGGCAGGCUGAGACUGAGGAACAAGUCCGCGAAGCCCAGAAUAAGCUCGCCGCAGAAGAGGCGAGAGCCAGGUCUUUUGAGGAGCAACUUGAAGAGGAACAGGAACAGCUUCGCACGCUCCGGAACAAGUUCGCUGAGGGCGAGACUGGAUCUGCAGUUCUACGGCAGCGUGUCACCGAAGAGGAGGAUAGAUGCAGAAAGCUCUCCACCGAGCUGACGGAAGCCAGGUCGCACAUCAACGUCCUCGACAUCGAGUUGAUGCGUCUGCAGAAGAACCACGAGGCACACCAUGAAACAGCCGAAGCCAACUCGGAUCGUCUCGCGAAGCGUGCGGAGAGAGCGAAGCAGGUCUCACAGCGUCUCUACUCGCAGAACAUGCGUCUUGCUCGCCUUCUGGAGCGCCUGGGCCUGGUAGUCGCAUAUCAGGACGACCGGAUGACAGUAGAGCGGGCGUCAAAGAUGGCUGCGAGUACAACAAUUCUCGAUCCUCAGACUCAGAUGAGCAGGCAAAUAUCUUCUCCGCCUCCUACUCGAAAGUCUUCGUCAGCGGAUGUGGAGCCCCCAGCGGAUCUCGAGCUCUUGCGCUGGUCCGAUGCAUCGAGUGCCGAUGAAGAAACUCUCCAGUAUGGAUCCUUCCUCAGCCACAUCGCCCGCUUCGACCUCGACGUCUUUGCCGAUGCUGUGACGAAGCGCGUCAAGGACUUUGAAUAUACCGCCAAGAAGUACAGCAAGGAGGCAAAAGAAUCUGCCAAGCGAGCCGACGCGUAUAAGGAGCGCGCGGUCAGGUUGCGUAACGAAGCUCAUGCCAAAAUUGCUGUACGAGAUUUCAAGGAGGGUGAUCUCGCGCUGUUCCUGCCGACGAGGGGCGGUCAAGUGAAAGGCGCAUGGGCUGCCUUCAACAUUGGAUGUCCACAUUUUUUCCUCGCCGAACGGGAAGGCAUGCGACUCGGAACGAGAGACUUCAUUGUCGCUCGCAUUCAGAAGGUUGAGCAGAAGAUUGUGAACCUCAGCGGACAGCGCACUGGUGGCAAUCUUGCCGUUGAUGGCCGCAGUAUCGAUGAGACGAGCGAUGCGUUCUCAUCCAUGCACGUCGAAGAUGACAACCCAUUCGAUUUGUCGGAUGGCUUGACCUGGUGGAUGGUCCAUGCCGCUGAGGAACGAGGCGCUGGCGCAGCUCCCACCACGCCGGGCUUAGGAAAGAGCACCGUUGCGGCCGCUAAUGUCGAUGCGACAGGUAGCAUCCGCAGCAUGGCGCCCCCGAAGAGGAACAGCAAGGGAGAAGCGCAGUCCGAUGCGACCAAACACCUAAACAAGAGUUUGGAUAGUCGUCGGAGUAGCUCUACUUCCAAGAAGGGCAUUUCCGGUAGCACGCCCGUGGACGCUGGGAAUCACCGUCAGAGAUCGGAGAGUCAGGCGAGUUCGUUGAAUCAGCAACAGCCUCGGCCAAUGCCCGCGCCCGCUGGAUCCGGAUUGGGAAUUGUGUCGAAUGCCAAUGACCAUGAGGGCUCUUCUUCUUCCUCUUCUGCUCAGCAACAACAGAGACCUCCUUCCCGCGGCCAACAACCGCCGCAACAGAUCACUGCCGCUCCACCACAGCACGAUCAGGUGCGCCUCAACACGGACUUUGAUGAUCCCGCAUCAUGCUUCUGAUCAAAUUCUUCUGACACCCAGUUUCUUCUUCUACAGAUCCCUAACACUCCCACCACCAUCCCCUCACGACGUGCCUCCCCUACCAACAUCAACAUCAACACCAACAUCAACCCCAAUAUCAACAACAACAACAACUCCAGACCCCGCACCCGAUCCAAAUCCCCCUCCAAAUCCGUCCGCUCUCUCCAACGACACCUCGAACCCACGCAGCAGCAGCAGCAACCACCCUCCUCCUCCUCCUCCCAGCAGCCUCCCCAGAGUCCCGUCAAGACUCCCACCACCACGACGAAAAAGGAAAGGGGCAAGAGUGGAUGGGAAUCUCUCUUCAGCGCGGAAUUCUCCCUGGAGAGUCCGACCAAGGAGAAGAAGAGUUUUGCCUGA